AGACUUCAGUGACAUCAACAAGACACUCGCAGAUAUGAUGUGUGUUCUCUCGAGGGAUUGACAUUAACUAAACAAUAAUCAAGACUCCCGGGAGAUAAAAACAGCUCUUCAGGAGAGAGAGAAAGGUCCUACUGCUGAUCGGAGAUCUUAUGAAUAUUUGCAGCAGUUUUCCAGCAGGUGUUCCUACAGGAUCUAUCUCACACUAUCAGCAGGGUUCAUGAAACUUCGCUCCGAUUUACGAGAUGGGACUGCCAUACACAAUGUAAAGGUAAAGCCUAAAGCGGCUGUUUUGAACAUGCUAAAGCGGCUGGACAAAAUAAGAUUCCGCGGUCCAAAGCGAGAUGAUUUCCUGGAUCUGCCCGAAUCCCCCACAGGCUCAGACACUGAAUGUAGUGAUGACAUGCUGGUGAGAUCCCGACCUUCAAUACGAGACAAUGACGAGCAAAGAGACCCUGCUGGUUCAGGGACUCUUGCUGUCAUGCAAGACCUGAGGAGCGAAUCAGAACGUCUCAACGAGAUCAAGGGUCAUUUGGAAAUUGCCUUACUGGAGAAGCACUUCCUGCAGGAAGAGUUACGGAAACUACGAGAAGAAACCAAUGUGGAGACCCUUAAGCAGGAGCUGGAGAGAGAACGCAGCAGAAGACUUGACCUGGAACAGAAGUUGAGUGAAGCGCUGAAGACCAAGUGCGAAGAUUCUCCACCUCAACCUCCACGCAUAGAUCAGCAAACUGCAGCUAACGGCACAGACAAACAGCAGAAGGAGACAGUGUGUUCGCGACUGCAGAGCUGGCUGUACGAUCGAUUUGGGGUUUAUAUUGAAGACUUCCGCUUCCAACCCGAAGAGAACACAGUCGAGGCUGAGGAGCCGCUAAGUGCUAAAAGAUUAACAGAAAAUAUGCGACGACUUAAACGAGGUGCCAGACCGGUGACAAAUUUCUUACGGAAUCUUUCCGCCUUAUCCAACUGGCACUCGGUGUAUACGUCAGCGAUUGCCUUCAUUAUCUAUAUGAAUGCAGCAUGGCAUGGCUGGGCCAUUCCUUUAUUUCUUUUUUUAGCCAUUCUGAGGUUGUCGUUAAACUACCUCAUAGCCAGAGGAUGGAGAAUUCAGUGGAGUAUUGUGCCUGAAGUUUCUGAACCUGUGGAACCUCCAAAGGAAGACUUGACUGUGUCUGAAAAGUUUCAGUUAGUUCUUGAUGUUGCACAAAAAGCACAGAAUCUUUUUGGUAAGAUGGCAGAUGUUUUGGAGAAAAUCAAAAAUCUGUUCAUGUGGGUUCAGCCUGAGAUCACUCAGAAGUUGUACAUCGCACUGUGGGUGGCCUUCAUCUCCUCCUGCGUCCUUCCUUACAAGCUUAUGGGCUUUAUGAUCGGGCUUUACAUGGGCAUCAAGUUUUUUGUUAUAGACUUCCUGUUUAAGAGCUGUCCCAAACUGAGAGACAAAUACGACACUCCAUGCAUCAUGUGGAACAGCCUGCCCACCGACCCGCAGCUGAAAGAACGCAGCAAUGCCUCUGUGACACGCCGGAUUCAGCCGGUGGUGUCACGGUGCAGUUUAGCCACCAUCCCGGCUGGAGUGACCCGCGAAGAGGAGAGCGGCCGUUCACACAACACAAAGAAAGGAGCGUUCCAUGAGAUCUUCAACCUGCCAGAGGACGAGAGACCUCUGCCUGUAUGUGAGAAUGGCUGGAGAUGUUAUCUGAUUAACAGAGAUAGGAAGAUGCCCACCGAUUACAUUCGCAACGGGAUGCUCUACGUCACGGAGAACUACCUGUGUUUUGAGAGCUCCAGCUCAAGAUCAGGCUCUUCAAAGAAGAACAAAGUCAUCAAACUGGUGGACAUCACAGAUAUCCAGAAGUACAAGGUUUUAUCAGUUCUGCCAGGGUCUGGAAUGGGCAUCUCUAUAGCUACUCCAUCAACACAGAAGGGCAUGUAAUGCAACAGCUUUCUCUGAAGACUUAGGAAUGAAUCUGUGGUACCAGCCUGAUAACCCUAAGAAUCGUUGGACAUCAUUGAGAGAUUGAGGUACUGGAAACUCAUAUACUGCAGAUACUUUAGAUGGAUCAGUUUUGACUCAUUCACCCGAGACAACAUGUCCUAAGAAGGUAAGUGAUCUUUGAAUGAAGUGAGACUUCUUAAGGUUCACUGUGAGACCUGCAUAAUGGAGACUGCUGAACAUUUGAUUUUGAUGUUGUAAGUGCUUUUGUUCAUUUUCCAAGUAUACUACCACAUCAGCAAUGUACACUAGACAACACUUUCUUUCAAUUCUCUGAGUACAUACUCCAUCAAUCUUUGAAAUGACACUGCAGCAUUUUUCAGACCGAAAGGAAGCUGUAAGAACUCAAAUAAGCCUGCUGAUGUUACAAAAGCAGUCUUUUGUAUACUUUCGGGCUCCAUUUCCACUUGUCAAUAGCCACUUUUAAGGUCAAGGGUGCUAAAUAAUGUCGCUCCAUGUAAUGAUUCUAGGAUGUCUUGAAUUUGGGGCAUGGGAUAAGCAUCCAGGUGAGUUUUUGUAUUUAAACCACAAAAAUCCUUCUUCAGCACUACUAAUAUUGGUGAAGCCCAUGGGGAAGCUGAAGGAUGGAUAAUUCUCUUGUCUAAUAACUCUUUGAUCACUGCAUCAAUAAACUGUUGUUUUUCUGUUGACAGUCUAUAAGCUUUUUUCACACUGGUACUUCGUCAGUAGUAAUGAUGCGAUGUCUGACCAUAUUUGACUGACCGAUCUCAUGUGCAAAUCAUUGGCCAUUCCAACAUCAGUUCUUUCAGCAACACUUUGAACUGCUUAUUGGUGUCAGCCUUCUGGGUAAGUUGAUGUAUGGAUUGCAGAGUUUCGUCUGACACUGAAGGUUCGUCUGACACUGAAGGUUGAUGACAAAGGUAUGAGAGUUCGAUAAGUGUAAGAGCCUUAUCUGAUAAUGUGAAAUCCAGUGAUGACGAAAAUAUCUGAAGAGGUAAAUGUCCAUGAAAAAAAAUAUAAUCCUUCCACUUGAGAUAGAUCCCACAGUAAAGUUAAUAAUCCACAACAUGUAGGUUCUCCCAAAAUGAUAAACAGCAGUGGAAAAUAAAAGUUCAAAAGCCACAUCUUUACAUCCGUCUGUGCAUUAAGAUACAAAUGUGAUCCACAAUGUCGAUAUAGAUUUCAAUAAGCAUAAAGAAGUCCUUCUACAAAAAUACAAAUGAACUCAUGUUAAAUUCUUAGCAUCGAACUAAACAAAGCUCAUACAACAGAGAACUUAUAAGUGCAAGAGCUCAGUUCCUUUACAGAUAAAUCACAAGCAAUAUACAUUUCUUAAAUAAUGAAAUGAAAACAGCGUCUUACUUUCAGUUGAGCAUGAAACAAAGUGUUUCUCAACAAGGACUCUAGAUUGUUGAACACAGCAGGAAAGUCAUGCUUCCAACAACUCCGGCAAUGUUAACUUCCUCUACUACACACCUUGAUUUGUGCAAAACAUUAAGGCAUUCUAGCACUCUUAGCGGUGAGGAAUAUAAUUGCAACAUAAAUGAAGCAUGGUAACAGGCUUGUGUCUGUUACAGAUUAAUAACUGAGCAAAUACUUAUGGUGAACUGUUUUUUGUUUGUUUGUUUGUUUGUUUUUUUACAUAUUUUGCAGCCACUGGUGUUUGGUGCAAUGAUUCACAGAGACGAGGCCUUUGAGACGAUCUUCACCCAGUACAUGAAGACCAUGACCACAGCCAACCCUGAAACGUAACUCUGAAGGACAUCUCAUUUGGAGAAGGGCGGGACUGGUGUUUCCUGCCUCGUUCUCUUUAAUCGACUGUGAUUGGAUAAUUGUCGUCAUCUUAUGUGGCGGGCAAGAGCUCCGGUACAUUCCAGUGAGAGCGCUGCAUCUCAACAGAGACAUUUACGACUGGAGGGAUGUGGAUGGCGUCUCCGUGUCAUGUGACUGUGAUCGUUUCCAAAAUGAGCACACUAGGCUGUGUUCAGACUUUUUGUUUUGUACUUUUUGUCUCUCAAAGUGAUUUUUAUGCCAUGCCUCUGCCUGGUUUUAUGCUGCGAGAUAUUACGGCGGUGAUAUACGAAUCUUAUCGUAUAGGAGGGUGUUUAAAGGAAUAGCUUACUCAAAAAUAAAACAUUGUGUAAUCGUUUACUCACACUCAUGUCGUUUCAACUCUAUGUGACUUUGUCAAGUUCCAUGAAUGGAAAAGCAUCAUAAAGUGUCUUAAAAGUAGUACCAUAGGACUCACACAAUGUUCGUCUUCUGAAUCAUACGAUAGCUUUGUGUGAGGAACAUUUACAUUUUAAAUAUUCCCCUCCACAGUAACUCUCAAGUCUCAUUUGUGUUAGUAAAUAUUCAAAAAUGGCACAUGAAGACCCAUUCCUCCAGGUUUGGCUUAAAUAAUGGCAACAACAUGAGGGUUAGUAAAAUGGUAAAAUUUUCAUUUUUGGGUCAACUAUUUUUUUUAAUGCAUUUUAUUAAUAAUAAUAAAAAAAAGCCUUUUUCAUUUUACAUUUGUUUAAAUCAUUGCUGUGCACACAAAACACACAAACUUGAUUAAUUUUUCCUCUUGU